UGCACUUUAAUGAGCUUUUAACUUUCUCUUUUUGUUUUUGUUCAGCAGGACUGCAAAAUUUGUGGAACACUUGAUCAGCAGUACUCCUUCUCAGCACACUCUUCCUGUUCAAGAUGAUUGGUGUUGGAAAAGGAUGUAGGAAGUCUGUGGUUCAUUUGUGCAGUUACUGCAGAUUGAUCCAUGGCAGACCUCUCUAUCCUUCGGCAAGGUUUAGGAAAACACUACCAUGGCAACCUGAAUCCACAACUUCAUCAUCACCAUUCUCAACAUCUGACCAGAAACAUUUAUCCAAAGAUGACAGCAGCGUUGGCAAACCAGAGGAAUCACAUUCGUCAUCAUCAGCAUCGAUAGACUCAACAUCAGAUACUUCUCCUCAGUUAAGAAUGAAUGCAAUUAACAUUCAGAUGCUCUCAAAGAAUCUUCAUCAACGGAUAUUCAAAAGGAAAGCUUCGAGCAGGUCAAAGGUCAAACAGGCUACAGAAACUAAAAAUGAUGAACUCCUAGAGAAAACCAAGCAACAUCUUGAGAAUCACAGACUAUGGGGCAAAGAAGGUUCUAUUUUACCUGAUGUUGAUUUCAAACUGCCAAGACUCUUUGGGAAUAGCAUCGAUGAACAUUUCCAGAUUCUUGCCAAUAAACAGAGUGCUUCAUAUCUUGACAUGGCUCAUGAACUGGCAGAAACCCUCCCUCCUCCUAUGCCUGAAGACUGGGUUUUCAAAGAGGGAUGGAUGAAGUAUGUUGAAAACGAGAGCCCUGUUCCUGUUGAUUUUCCUGAAGACCAAAGUCUUGUGUUUGACAUGGAGUGCUGCAUGGCUGAAGGGAAUUUCCCUACUUUGGCUGUAGCAGUUUCAACAAAUGCAUGGUAUUCAUGGUGUAGUCAUCGACUGAUUGAAGAUCAUCUUACACUGUCUCAGAAGCUGGCACUGCCAGACCUCAUUCCUUUAGAGACUAAGAAAGGCUCUACCAAACCACCCAACAAGAAAUGGACAGAGAGACUGAUCGUUGGACAUAAUGUCAGCUUUGACCGGAGCUUUGUCAAAGAACAGUACCUGUUGCAGGGUACAAAGACUCGUUUCCUAGACACCUUGAGCCUUCACAUGUGUGUCUCGGGGCAGACCACCCUCCAGAGGGCGCUUUGGCAGGUCAAUGCACGAGGAGGGGGUGCCACUGCUGCACCCUGGAUCCAGAAAAAGCAUAACAAGAAAUCCUUUGGUGCUCCUGCUACUGCAUGGUUAGCAGAGAGUAGUCCCAACAAUCUGGCUGAUGUGUACAGCCUGUAUAGUGAUGAUGGCAGCACACUUGAUAAGACCAAGAGAGAUACCUUUGUGCAUGGGAGUAUGGCUGAUAUCAGAGCUGACUUUCAGUCUCUAAUGACAUACUGUGCUCAAGAUGUAGCUGCAACACAUAAGGUCAUCAGUAAGCUUCUUCCUAUGUUCAGUGACAGGUUCCCCCACCCUGUGACCUUUGCAGCCAUGCUAGAGAUGGGACAGGCUUACCUGCCGAUCAACCAGAACUGGGAGCGAUACUUGAGAGACGCUCAGGAGACCUAUGACAACCUGCAGCAGGAGAUGAAACAAUCUUUGAUGCACAUUGCCAAUGAUGCUUGUAACAUGCUCCACCAAGACAAGUAUCGUGAGGACCCGUGGCUAUGGGAAUUAGACUGGUCUGUGGAUGACUACAGACUCCGGAAGACUAUCCCUCUUUCCGAGAGAGCAAAGAAAAAGAAAAAGGAUGAGGAAUGUUCAAAGGAAAAAAUCGAGCGUGAAGAGGAAGAAAAUGAAGAAGAAAAGGAAGAAACUUGUGUUGAAGAUGUGCUUAGCACAGCAGGAAGAAUCCCUAAAGUGAACCAGCAUAUGACAGGAUACCCUGUUUGGUUUCGAGAGCUGUGCCCCAAGAAGUCCCACGUGGAUUGGUCCCCCGGGCCUUCUUUAAUCAGCUCCCAGACCAGGAUCACACCCAAACUCCUGCGUCUAACUUGGGAUGGCUACCCAUUACACUACACCACUAAGCAUGGAUGGGGCUACCUUGUACCAGGCAAACCUGAUAGUAGAUAUCAACAGAGGACUGAGCCUGGUCCCUCCUUCCCUUUGAAGAGCCUUCAAGACAUGAUGUCUUCUAGACAAGAAAAGCAAUCAUCUACUCAGUCUGCUGAUGUUCCGAGUGAUAGCAGGACCAAUGAAAGCUCAGCCAAGGGAAUCUCUACAAAGACCUCGAGAUCAGCCCCUAGUCACAGUGGUAGACUUCCUGUCAAAGAUGUCAACAUUCCAGGAUGCUGGUUCUACAAACUACCUCACAAGGAUGGAGCUGAUUCUAAUGUUGGUAAUCCCCUUGCCAAGGACUUCUUGAAUAAGGUUGAAGACGGAACCCUUGGAUCUGGCGGCGGGGCUCAGGCCAACCGGAUCCUGGAGAUUAAUAAGUUUAUCUCUUUCUGGAGGAAUGCUCAGAAGAGAAUCAGUUCUCAGAUGGUUGUACACCUUGAGGGAGGUGAUCUACCAUUGUCAGUCAGACGGAAUCCUGAUUAUGAUGAAGAUGGUUUCUAUGGAGCCAUCAUACCAAGGGUCAUCACUGCAGGAACGGUCACAAGGAGAGCUGUAGAACCAACAUGGCUGACUGCUAGUAAUGCCAGAACUGAUCGAGUAGGGAGUGAGCUGAAGUCCAUGAUCCAAUGCCCUCCUGGAUAUCAUUUCGUUGGAGCAGACGUGGAUUCUCAAGAACUCUGGAUUGCAGCACUCGUUGGAGAUAAAAACUUUGCAGGUUUCCAUGGUUGUACAGCAUUCAGUUGGAUGAUGUUACAAGGCAAAAAGAAUGAAGGAACAGAUAUGCAUAGCAUGACUGCAUCCACUGUAGGCAUCAGCAGAGACGAUGCUAAGGUGAUCAACUACGGUCGUAUCUAUGGAGCAGGAGAGAAGUUUGCCAUGAGGCUCUUAAUCCAAUUCAAUCACAGACUCACUCAGGAUGAGGCUCGUCAGAAAGCAAGAGAUAUCUACAUAGCAACGAAAGGGAGACGAUUGUAUCGCCUUUCAGCUACUGGUCAGAGCUUAGCUGAGCAGCUUGACUUGGAUGCAGAGGAGAGUGAUGGUUGGGUCACAUUGGAAGAACUCAAGAUAUUGUCCAAGAAAGCACAAAUCAAAGAGCCUAUCUAUACCAGUCCACAAAAUAUCGAGAUAACAGAUGGCAGAAAAUGGGAAGGUGGAAGUGAGUCGGCUAUGUUUAAUGGGCUGGAAGAUAUAGCGCAGUCUGAGAAUCCCAGGACACCAGUCCUACAGUGUAGUAUCAGCAGAGCUCUUCAACCUGAUACAGUCAAUAAUGAGUUUCUAACGAGUCGAGUAAACUGGGUUGUUCAGAGUUCUGCAGUAGACUAUCUCCAUCUGAUGCUGGUAUGCAUGCGUUGGCUGUUUGAGAUGUACAACAUUGAUGGACGAUUCUGUAUCAGCAUCCACGAUGAAGUGCGUUAUCUAGUCAAGAGUGAGGAUAGAUAUCGGGCCGCUCUAGCUCUUCAGAUCACCAACCUCCUAACUAGAGCUGUCUUUGCAUAUAACAUGGGAAUGAAUGAUCUUCCACAGUCUGUAGCCUUCUUCAGUGCUGUGGACAUUGAUACUGUGCUAAGAAAGGAAGUCACCAUGGAUUGUCAAACACCAUCUAACCCUCAUGGGCUGCAUAGGGGAUAUGGUAUACCAAAAGGAGAGGCUUUGGACAUCUAUGAGAUCCUGAAGCUGACCAAGAAUGGAUCUCUGACAAGAACAUCAUCACCCAGCAGCAAGAAUCAAGAAUCACAUAGUAAUGGUAGACUACAUGCAGCAGUGAAGGCAGUAGGCUAAUUCUGAUUGAGUAAAAAAAAAUUCACAAAAAUAUAACGGACCUCUUGAAGUGCCAAUAUAUUGUCAACUACAUGCAAAUGUUUGAAAUUGAUGUUUUAAAGGAAAAUCAAACCUUGAUAGCAAACUACUCGAGAAACAAGCAGAGAAGCAUACUGGUGAAGGUUUGAAUGAAUUCAGACAAAAAUUAGAAAGUUAGGAAUUUUUGAAAGUUGCAAGCACUCUAGGUA